AUGUCGAUUAUGUCACCUGCUCUCCACCCAGAGAAAGUCCAGUCCGGUAAACGGUGCCGCUGGUUCGAUUUCCUGGACUGGAGCGACAAAACCUCCUUAAGGGGACAAUUACGGGGGGAGAGCGAGGAAGAGAGAAAAACUGAACGACACAGAUUUUCCACUGGGGAUAAGGAAUCGGUAGAAGGGCCAGUUGUUGCUGUUGUUGACCAUUUUCGCGUUGGGGGUAGCCACUGUGCCCCCGAUCAGCACCCUUGAGAAAGUGUCGAGUGACAGUGACGUGUCACAAAAGAUAAUUGCCGACAAUCAGGCUCAGCCAAACACUGAGGAUGGAAUUGACGAUAAAAAAGUGGCGAAAAGAAGUUACGGUUGGCACCCGUGGGGCCACGGAGGAUAUAGUUACAUCUGGCCUUGGUAUGGAUUUGGAUGGUAUCCAGGCUGGCCUCUAUAUUACGGUCACGGUGGGUAUGGAGGAUAUGGAGGAUAUGGAGGACAUGGAUACGGUUACGGAUAUCGUGGUUACGGUGGUUGGUACAAGGGAUGGCUAACUGGAUUCAUUUUGCGGUUUACCCUCGGCAACAAUGGACAGUGGACAGUGGCUAUUGUCACUGAGAAGCGGCAGCAUCCCCUUCCUGAUGGACCAGUUUCCCAACAGGAUCUGCGAGAUCGUGCAGAAGAGGGCAGGACCUCGCCACGCGAGCAAACAGGUUCCACCGGAUGGCACGAGAUGUUGACGAACGAAAAUGGAUCGUGA